AUGCUUUCUCAAACUCUCCUUGCUGGCCUCCUCGGCCUCGCCGGCCUCGCUGCCGCUGCUCCCACCAGGACGAUUGCCACUCGUCAGGCUUCCGGUGCCCAGAACGCCGUCUACUGGGGUGCCACUAACAACGAGAGCAACAACCUCGCUGACUACUGCACGUCCACUGCCGGCAUCGAUAUCCUGGUCCUGUCGUUUUUGGACAUUUACGGCGCCACUGGCAACUUCCCCUCGGGCAACUUUGGCAACGACUGCUUCAUCAGCACCGCCGGCGUGCCCCAGUCGUGCUCCGACCUGGCCUCUCAGAUCAAGACGUGCCAGAGCGCUGGCGUCAAGAUUGUCGUUUCUCUCGGCGGUGCCGCUGGCUCAUACUCGCUCUCGUCCCAGUCCCAGGCCGAGACCAUCGGUCAAUAUCUGUGGGACGCCUACGGAAACUCUGGCAGCACCUCGGUCCAGCGUCCCUUUGGCGAUGUCUUUGUCAACGGCUGGGACUUUGACCUCGAGGUCAACGUCGGCAGCCAGUACUACCAGUACCUGAUUGCGACGCUGCGCUCCAACUUCGCCAAGGACCCCAACAACAAGUACUACAUCACCGGUGCUCCCCAGUGCCCCCUGCCCGAGGAGAACAUGGGCGUCAUCAUCCAGAACUCCGUCUUCGACUACCUCUUCAUCCAGUUCUACAACAACAACCCCACCUGCUCUCUUGGCCUGCCCGGCGACGCCCCCAUCAACUUCAACGACUGGACCAACUUCGUCUCCAGCACCCAGUCCAGCAGCGUGAAGCUUUUCGUCGGUGCCCCUGCCGGACCUUUGGCCUCCAACGGAAACUCUGGCGGCGCCGUCUACUACGCUACCCCCUCGCAGCUGGCCACCGUCAUUGCCGGCGUCAAGUCGAGCCCUUACUUUGGCGGUGUCAUGCUCUGGGACGCCGGCUACUCUGACCAGAACGUCAUCGCUGGCUGCAACUACGCCCAGCAGGUCAAGAGCAUUCUCACGACCGGCUCGCCUUGCUCUGGCACUCCCGUCAGCGGCGGUGGCUCUCCUCCCGCUACUUCAUCUACCGCUUCUUCUCCUCCGGCUUCUUCUUCUUCUCCUGCCUCUGGAAGCGGCGGUGGCAGCGUUCCACAGUGGGGACAGUGCGGCGGUGUGGGUUACACUGGUCCUACCCAGUGCCAGUCCCCAUACACUUGCGUUGUCGAGAGCCAGUACUGGGCUUCUUGCCAGUAA